AUGGCGUUCUUGCACGGGGUGCUUAGAGAUGUCCGUGAUAAUAAUUAUCUUUCUCCUUAUAAAGAGAAAUUAACUGAAGCUGUACCACUUUUAGAAACUCAUCGUAAUAACGGCAAAACAGGUUUGCGUGAUGUGAUUGACGAUGUCAAGAGGGGGAUUGAGCAGUGGUUGGAAAUGGUUAAGGGGAAAAGUGGAGGCGUAAAAGGCCCUUUAGGUGAUCUAGAAGACAAUAUCAUUAAGGAUGAGAAAUUAAGAUUGGAGGACGAAAAAGAAAAGACCCUUCAAGACCAAUUCAGGGAGUGGAGCACAAGGGCUGGAGGGUAUGUCAGCAAGGUUGUACAAGCCGAAGAGGCCAGAGAAAAACUGGAUCCCGAGCUAAAGAAAAAGUUGGAGACCCCGAUGAAAUUAAUAAAGCAGCCGGUGGAAGGGUUUCAAAAAUCUUGUGAGAAUAAUGAUUUGGAGAGUAUGUUGAAGAGUGUUGAGGAAGAACAUAGAAAAGUAAAGGAGUAUGUUGAGGAGGUAAAAAGAACAGCGGAUGAGGCUGUGAUUACGGCGUUCGAUCCUGUAGAAGAAAAUAUUGGCAUGUUGAGGUUUUUAAUUGGGAAAGUUGAAAAGGCAAUAAAAGGCGCUGAGGAAAAAUCGACACAAUUGAUUGGGGUAGCGAAGAACGCAUUGCAGACUGCGCAAGAGAAUAAUAGGAAAAUGGGAGCGCUGGAUAAUUUAGUCAAGGAUGAGUUGACUAAGAGAGUUAACGAUAUAAAGGCAAAGACGGAGGAACUUGAAGCGUUGCUUAUCUCCCAGAUACAAACUCCGCUUGACAAUUCGGUAUCUCAAAUACUGACUACAGUAGGAAAUCUUUCCGAAGCUGUUGGAGAAAAUUCAAAAAAAACUAUAGAAGGUCUGCUCGAUAAGCUUUAUCGUACUGAGUUCAGGAAUCUGAAGAAUCUAGUAGACAUGACUAAAUUGGAUUACGAAGAAGCGCUUAAAAAGCUCCCACCUGCAAGGAUCGCAGCUCCAGUUCCACCACCAAAUCUACCGAAAAGUAGCGCUGAGCAAGCAGCUGAUGCGGCCGCUGCGCUCGAAGCCACUAUCGAAAAGGCACUUGGUAUCAAUCUGGUAAGAGACAAGAAGGUGUGCGUCAAAAGUAAAAACUUUGCGAAUCAUGUUGAUGCGGCCGUUCAGGAUGCGCAAGAAUAUGUCGCCAACCUUGUAAAUACCUUUUCAUCAGAAGUCAAGCAUCACCUUGAGGCUUCGGUGGAGGAAAUCGGUCCUAUUUUGUAUGAGGUAAAAAAACGUUCGGCAGCGCUUAACAGCGUGACAAAUGCCGUGCAGAAAACAGUGACAGAUUUGGGCGCAAUUAUUGCGGGACUCGAAACUAAUAGUGACAGUCUCACAAACAAAAUAAAGACCUGCAAAGAAGCCAAUGAAGCGGCUAAGAAGUACGUAAAUGAACGACUCACUGGAGCUGUUAAGGAAUCAAAACGCCGAGUGCAAGCAUAUAUUGAUGAUAUUUCGUACGCUAUCAUGAAUAUGCUUGAUAAGGCUACAGGACGCAUUAAAUCUGACGCACAACGAUCGUAUGCCGGACGAAUGCGAACAGAGCUCGAGGGCUUAAAAGGCGUUAUCACCCAUCUUAAAACUCAGAUUGAAAGCGUAAUAUAUGUCGACUCGGGGACUGGAAUUAAGGGUCUAAUGAGCAAACUGCAAGGCACGCCGGAGGCUUCCGCUCAUCAAGGGACUAAUUUGCUCGAAGCUCUGAAGGAUCGUCAAAAUUCCGAUCCUAAAAAAGAAUUCAAUACACUCUCAGCGACAUGGAAAGAUUAUUUGAAACACACACUGGACUAUAUUACCAAGGACACCGAGAAAAUAUUCCCUGCCGUACGCCUUGGUCCAGGACAACCUAUGACUCCGCAUAAGUAUAGGUCUGACGUUACAAAAGUUGAAGAAGCAGUAGACGACUUACUUUACCAUUGUGAGAACAACAAAAACAUUUACCAUUUCGACCACGAAUUCCAAAAACUCCUCGCCACCCUAACCGACGCAGUUAACGGCCUGUCACCAGACAAAUUCGGCGCAACAUCCUGCAACGUUCUCGACGUCCUGAAAAUAGGGAUGUCACAAUUCUGCGCGGAAUUACAAACUGCCUACGUCAACAGGUAUUGUGAUCGAGAAUACGAUACGUCCGACGACACCAAAUACGCCAAGGUUUUCAUGACCAUAUUACGAACGCUCAUCGUCAGCUUGGAGAAAGUAAACGAGAAGUGUAAUACUAACGGUGACUGGAAAGAUAAGAAAGUAUGUGAGAUGGAAACAGAUCGUAAAAAUCCCCUCGGCGUAUUCUUCGAGAACUCCGGUUUCAAAGUUCCACCCGGCGAAGGUUCAAAACAGGGCGGUGAGCUGAAAUAUAAAGAUAACUGGAAAGGUGAAAAUGUUUUCGGUCUUCUUAAAGACAGCAAGACAGGGCUGUUUAAAGAAGUCAAGAACGCUUUUGAAUCCGACGUCCUUGAUAUACUCCACGCUCUCCUCCACAAUUACUACAGCACUUGCCACCUCAACCACAUUCCCACCCCGGCAACGCCGACGAGCGUAUACAAGAUGCUUGUUUGGCUCAGUGGUUUCUGGUACAAUCCGAUGUACGACAAGGUUUGUGUAUACGUUAGAGAUCUGUUCGACAAGCCAAAAGAGGAGUCAAAAUUGCAAGACGCUUCAAGCUACGUGCUAGAAGCCACUACGCUAUUGAGUGCCACGACCAUUACAGAUACACUUAGCGAUGUAUGUGACCACGCGGAAAAAACGCUGGUCGCUAUACUUGGCUUCGGCCACGCGGACGGUGAAUAUGCCGUUGAGUUCACCGACAACUCACAUAAAUUAUUGUAUCCAAGUAGUCCGUCACACUGUUUAGAUUUGCUCUUCGAGAUACUGUGCCGGGUGUAUCACCAGCUUAACUUUGUCUAUGAGCAGUGUCGGCACGGUCAAGUAUAUGGUGGGUGGAACAGCUGUUGGUACGGCAAGGGAGUUGCCGGGUCAGCGUGGGACUGCAACUCAAUGCAGUGUCCUAACCAACCGGCCAACCAAAACGCUGACCAAAAAGGCAACCAAAUGUGUACCCUAAAGCACGACCAAAACUGCGACCAAAAUGUCAGUUGUGGUCUUAAAUCUCCGCUUCAGUCCUUUUUAGAAGACGGCCUCCCUGGCUUCUUGCCACACUCCUUUACCACACCUAAUUGUAAGAUCACUUGUCAGAUGUCCAAACACUUCGGGCUGCCGUGCAAAACGCCAAUGGGUUUUGCUGAUAUCAGCAUUGCCGCUUCGCAUUGUAAAACUGGUGAUCACAUAAUGAGUGUGCUUAGCAGAUUCUGUGGCAAGGAACAUUCUGUGCUUGGCCAGCUUUGCAGCUUCCUCCAAUGUUUGUUACAGCGCACUCCACAAACACUGGAUGAGAUGUUUGCGUUUUAUUACGGCUUGCUCAAUGGGUGGAAUGAUAAGGACAAGCAACGUAUGAAGCAUAAGAGGCAUGCCUUCAAUGAUGCCGUGAAUAAGGCGUAUUUCAACGAACGAUAUGACGGUCUGGACAUUACUCCAAUGUUUAAGAGCAGUGAGCAGCCUACUAGUGUACAUGGCAGUGGAAACUUGCUGUGUCUCACUAGUUGCAGGAACACUGCCACAACACUCACGUGCGGCCCAUAUUUGCAACCUUUAUGUCAGAAUACAUGGACAGUUUUUUCAAACAAGCGUGCCGAUAAAUACCUUUCUUGGAUCGUUUAUCUGACUGAAACAUUUUAUGAAAUACUUAAAAUGUUGUACGACGAUUGCUGUGCAACGUGCGACAAAAGGGGCACGAAAUGCUAUGAGAAAUGUUCUGUUAAUGGAUGCCCGGUUAUAUACCCUGACGCAUCUAAGAGGGACACUGCAGAAUAUAAGACAGAGUUUGAAAGAUAUCAGACAUCCAAUCACACUAAAGAGUGCAGUUCUAUCGUUAAGUGUAAGAACACCAGGCCAACGUUAUAUAAAUAUGGGUUUAAUUUUGGCAGUGCUGUGGAUAUUAAUAAUAGGUUCGACGCGAACAAGAAGCGCACAUGUAGAGACCUAUGCAACGCAUUGGACAGAGUGCUUAGCAAGAACAAAUCGGACGCAGCGCCGCUAGCAAAGCUAAUAUACGAGACAAUUCCCAACUUCCUGUGGACCAUCCGUACACCAUUCUCCUACCUCUUAUUAGCCCUCUGGUCGCUGUCGCUCCUCUACCUGCUGCACAUCGCCGUCGUCCGCCUCGACGUGCUGAGGAUACGCUCCCACCUGCGCUCACCCUCAAGCCACCGCAUCGCCGCGCAGUCCCUCCUCGCCGCCGCACGCGUCAAGGCACUCGCCAACGUCAAGUACUUCUCACCAUAA